ACAGCAGGUGUGGUAGGUGACAGCUGAAAAAGGAAUGGAACGUUUAUUGAUACUUGUGGUGGUUGCUGUGAUAGCUCGUUGUGUAACAUCAGCAUCUUAUGAAAAUGGCUGUGUGUACUGUAAAGGCAAACAGUGUCAAUACAAAAAGUCUGUGGUGGCCGGGGACUGUACUGCUCUAGCUUCCUACAAUGACACGCUCAUGGAGACUGGCUGGGGUAUUCUGGACAUCUCGGCCGGAUAUGGUAAAGUCAAGUUCACUGACCAGGAGCUUAUGUAUGGUGCUGGCUUCAUAGAGGGAGUACUGACAGCUAAGAGAAUAUAUGAACACUACCAGAAUGCGAACGAUUUUUUCCUCAGUAAAAAGUCAGCAGCAUAUAUAGCUAAGCUUCAGGAUUUCCUAUCAGCCCAAGAUGAGUGGAUGAGACAGAUGGUAGUGAAUAACCAAGCUGAUUCAGUUUGGCGCCAUGUAGGCUUAGUUUUAGACCAGUAUGAUGGACUUAUAGAUGGAUACAAGUCUGCAGCACCAGACAAUUGGAAACUGGAAGUGUUUGCCUUUCAAGUGUUAAAUGGUGUUGGUGAUCUGAUAGACCUUCAGCAUGCCUUAGACCCCGACAGCAUUCCAAACUGGAAAAAGAUGUCGAAGGAGGAAGCCAAGCUUUACGUACAAAGACAUGGCUUUUGUUCAGCUCUCAUCAAGGUUUCAGGAGCCUAUGAAAAUGUAUUUAUGUCCCACUCCAGCUGGUUUAUGUAUCAGUUCACCAUGAGGAUCUUCAAACACUGGAACAUCAACGUACAGGACAGUGGCACAUCGGCAAGACAGAUGUCCUUCUCUAGUUACCCAGGCUUCCUUGAGUCUUUGGAUGACUUCUAUUUGCUGGGGAGUAAUAUGGUACUACUACAGACCACAAACAAUGUGUUCAAUUCCUCUUUGUACAAGUUCGUCCAGCCACAAUCUCUGUUGGCAUGGCACCGUGUAAGGGUGGCGAGUAUGAUGGCUAGCACUGGCAGGGAAUGGGCGGACAUCUUCUCCAAGUUCAACUCAGGGACCUACAACAACCAGUACAUGCUGGUAGAUCUGAAGCAGAUAGAACUUGGCAAGGCCAUCAAGGACAAUGCACUGUGGGUUGUAGAACAGAUACCAACUAAAGUUACAGCUGGAGACCAGACACCAAUCUUGAGAACAGGGUAUUGGCCAUCAUAUAACGUUCCAUUUUAUGAAGACAUCUACAACAUGAGUGGCUACCCAGACUUUGUUGCCCAACAUGGGGUAGACAACUCCUACCAACUAGCUCCCCGGGCCAAAAUAUUCCGUAGGGACCAAGCAAAAGUAGUGGAUCUACAGAGCAUGAAACACAUUAUGCGAUACAAUGAUUACAAACAUGACCCCUAUUCUGAGGGAGAUUCUUGUAAUGCAAUAUGUUGCCGUGGAGAUCUCAAACAUACUUCAUCUUCUGCAUCUGGUUGCUAUGAUACCAAGGUGUCAGACUUCCACAUGGCACAAAACUUUGUGGCAGAUAUCAUCAAUGGCCCAACUCUAGGAACAGGAUUACCUCCCUUCCAAUGGACUGAUGCAUUUAAGGACUCUCAUAUUGGUUUACCAAUGGAGUACAGUUUUGACUUCCUCCGUACCUCCCCUCGUUGGAAUGUCACUUUAGGAUGACCUCAAGGAAUAGCCUCAUUGAAAUUGAUAGCUCUAUAAAUCUAAGUUGACAUUUAUUUUUUAAAAGGUUUUAAAGUGAAAAACAAAAAUAUUUGAGAAUUUUGAAAAUAUAUUGUGUUGAUAAAAAUUUUUUUUUAAAUGAAGGGAAUUAACUCUGAUUUUGAUAACAGAUAUAAUGUAAAGUAGCAUGCAUCCUUAAUGUAUUCAGGGAUAUGCUGUUCACAUUGUCAUAUAAGAUAUUAUCAAACAUCAUGUUUACUAUUAUGACAGUGUGUUUUCAGUCAAAUUCUUGGUCUCAUUGUUAUAUUUUUCCAAGAAAUAAAGAGUAGGAUAUCAACUGAGCAUAAUCAAUCAUACAUUUUUUUUAUAUGAAAGAAAUGUUGGUGCUUCAUGUUAUUGUUUCUUGUCAUAAUCACAUAGUGCUAUGAAGGUUAUUAUAUUUUUCAAAUUUUUAGUGAGUUUACUCCACAUUUAUUGUGAAAAGGAUGUAUUUUUUUUUUACAGAAAUCAUGAAAAUGCUCCCCAAAAUUUUCAAUGCAGCAUAUAGUUGAUGCUAUGUCUGUCCGUCUUUUUCACGUCGAGAGCAUAAAUUUGCCCACAGAUAAGCAAGGAUAAUGAAACUUGGUGUGUACAUUGGUCAUAUUAAGACAAAGUGCAGUGUACCUAAUUCAGGGUCCUUGACCCCUGAAUUUACAGAGUUAUUGCCCUUUGUUAAAAUUUCUUGUCGGAAGCGUAACUUUGCACACAGGUAGGUAAGGAUCAUGAAACUUGGUGUGCACAUUUGUCAAAUUAAGACAAUGUGUACCAGAUUGUUUUAUUUAUUUUUUUUCUGCUUCUUUUUUUUCAUGGUAUCAGAUUUUUGCUAUUUAAACUUCUUGAAAAUCCCAACAUUUACAGUAAAACUUGGCAUCAUGAGACAUGUGUAAAGGAUUUGAUUUAUAUUACAGGUGUUACGGGUACAACUUAGACUUUAUGUCAGGUGGCUCUAUAUUUAAGUUUCAUAGUCAAAUGAAUUGAUGAUACUCAAACCUAGCAAGAUCUAUUACAUUUCAGACAAAUUCGUUGAAGAUUAUAAUCCUGUUGAGAUUGAGAGUUGGUCAAGUUCAUUAACUUGAGAAAACAGGAGACCUGUUUGUCCCAAUAACCUGCUGGCUUCUUGUUGUAACAAUUUAAUCAGCAGAGAUAUUCAUAGGUUGACAAAAUGUUAAAAUUCACUUAUAAAACACUGAUUCUGAAAUGGUCAUGUUCAGACUUUAUGUUGUAAUGUUUGUACUAAGUCAGUAAUGAGCAAUUGCUUCUGAAGCAUCACUGUGAUUAUAAGGAAACAUUCUAUUGAUAUAUAUUCAUGACUUUUUAUAAGUUUUUUGUGAUUGAUGAAAUAAAUUUUUGUGGAUUUUUAA